AUGGCUCGCGAUAAUCUACUUAAGGAACAGAAAGAUAAAAAUCCAAAGAAAUUUGGAAAAGAGAAACUUAUCAUGAAUCCACUGAUUGCUGCUGCUUCUGUUAUCGCUGCUGGGUUGGCCGUCGGGCUUGCUUCUAUUGGACCUGGAGUUGGUCAAGGCACAGCUGCAGGGCAAGCUGUAGAGGGGAUUGCGAGACAACCAGAAGCAGAGGACAAAAUACGGGGUACUUUAUUACUUAGUUUGGCUUUUAUGGAAGCUUUAACUAUUUAUGGGCUGGUUGUAGCAUUAGCGCUUUUAUUUGCCAAUCCUUUUGUUUAA